GCAAGAUGGCGGCCGCCCGGGGGCUGUCGCUCGCGGCCGCGGCCCUGCGAGCGGUCACCCCCUGGCCGAGGGGCAGGCUCUUUGCGGCUUCCCCGCGACCUCAGGCGAGCCGGGGAGCGUCGUCCUCUAGCCCCGAGGCUGGCGAAGGGCAGAUCCACCUUACGGAGAGCUGUGUCCAGAGACUUCUGGAAAUCACCGAAGGGUCAGAAUUCCUCAGGCUGGAGGUGGAGGGAGGUGGAUGCUCCGGAUUCCAAUACAAAUUUUCACUGGAUACAGUUAUCAACCCCGACGACAGGGUAUUUGAACAGGGUGGGGCAAGAGUGGUGGUUGACUCUGAUAGCUUGGCCUUCGUGAAAGGGGCCCAGGUGGACUUCAGCCAAGAACUGAUCCGAAGCUCAUUUCAAGUGUUGAACAAUCCUCAAGCACAGCAAGGUUGCUCCUGUGGGUCAUCCUUCUCUGUCAAACUUUGAUGCCAUGACAAGUGACCUAGACAGUGAUUGCCACCAUUUGUACCAAUUUGAGGAAUCUCAAAUUAGUAGACUUCUAGAGGUUUCCUUGUAAUCAUGUCCCUCUCAAUUUUAUUUCCUCAAUCCAGAGUGUUGUAUUUUGCCACUAUUAUUCCCAGAAUAUGAAGCUUUUAACUCUGACUUAAAUGCCACUGCCUACCCAUGCCCUCCCCCAUUCUAAGUACAACUUCUAGAUGCUGUUUUGUAAGAUUUAGUAACUGGUUGAAAGCCAGUAUAUUCUUUGUAAAGUCUCCAAGAUUCCAAAAUUUGGAGUUGCUUCCCUGGCCUUCAGAGCUGCUUGUACAUAUGCAUAGAAGCUUCAUUUUAAAGAAAGUCCUUAUUUAAUGUUUUUUGGACCAGGGUUACAGAUUGAAUCAUUUGUACUUGUUACUAGGCCAGAAAGGAGAGAUGAGGCAAACAAAUGAAAUGUUACCUGUUUCAUAUCACUCUUCCUGAAAGUGUUAGUUAACUUAUCCUUAUUUUCCAUCAGCCCAUUCUCCACUACUCGUUCAUUAGGGCAGAUACAUUUCCCUCUCACACUCAUGAGUCUGUUAGGUUCACAGAGCCCAUCACUGAGAAAGCUUGGACCAGUCUCCACAGAUAACUGAAUCAUUUGAAAACUUGCCUCCAUCCUCAUAUAGACCUUUCAAGAUUCUGUGACCAUGUAUCUUUUUUAGGGUAUGUUACUUAUGGUAUAAAAUGUCUCUGGUCUCAUGCAUAGCAGAAUUGAUCCCUUUGUUAGCAUAGGUAAUAGAUAUUUAAGGCUUUUCCGUUUGCUUACCAGAUAAGAUGUAGAAUAUCCAGUUAAAUUUGAAUUUCAGAUAAACCACAAAUGGUUUUUAGUACAAAAAUGUACCAGAUAUUGCACGAGACUUAUUAAAAAUGAUUUGCUUACUUAUCUGGAGUUCAAAUUUCAAUGGGCAUCCUGUAUUUUUAUUUGUUAAAUCUGGCAACAUUAGGGUCACAGAAAGAAAUGCUUUUCAUGCCACAAACUCCAGUUAAUUUUAUAGUACCCGUGUAGCACUUAAAUAGGUGCUACAGAGCUAGAAAUAGCUGUGGGAUGAAUAUGAUAGUGCCCGGGGAACCAGAGAUACAUGGGCAGAUAACUAAAAGACACAAACACCACCACUACAACAAGUGACUAGCAACAUCCAAGUUGAUUGUGGAAGACUAUUGGUUAAAUCCAUCCUUGCUCAAGAGAUUAAAAGUUUGUUACAGCAAAAACUUGGUUUGGCCUUUUCUAGACGAGAUUGAAAUUAAGGUCAUUUCAUAAAAAAAUUUCCUAUUAAAAAAAAUGGAAGUACAGAGUUAAAAGAGAGUAUUUGGGACAGAAACUUACAUUUUCAAUAUGGGAAAACCUGGGACUUAGAGAAGACAAACCUGUUGUGUGUACAGUGUGUGCAAAGGGGGAAAAAAGGGGACACUCAGAAUCCUGAGCAGAUCUCCAUAGAAGCAUGCAGAAGCAGCAUACUGUGGAAGCAUAUGUGUAUCAGUGACGUACUCAAAGUUGCUGCUAAUACUUUAUACUAAGUCCUUUUGUAACUAAAAUGCUGGGGCCAGGCUACCUGUCACUGCUGGAAGCCAACUGAACAGAGACAGGAAUUGAAUCUAUAACACAUACUUUGUUGUCUAAGAGAAUGGGGGUAUUUUACCCCAAAAAACCAUUGUAACAUCUCAUCUCAAGCUUGUCUUUUUCUCGAGAACUAAGCAGAACAGUUAACCAUAAGCAGACCUCCCACCACAGCAGUCUGUCGCACUUGGCGCCUCGUCUGCAGAGUGUUGUUGCCUCCUUAGUCAUCUUGACCCGAGUAUAUCCUAUUUCCCUGGGCCUAGGAAAAACAUCCUGUUUUCCUGAGCAUGUCGAUGUUUAACACUUCUUGAGGCAUCACUGGGAUAGGACUCUCAAGACUUUUAGUUCAAAGAAGACAUUAAUCACAUAGUGUUUGUAUGUGGCCUAUGCUACGUAAGUGCACAUCCCUGUACCAGGCAUGGUUCUCUCCCUUGCUUUCCUAGCCCCUAUCACUUUCAUCUUCAAAAGAUUUUGCCACAUUUAAAACAGAACUUACUCUUUCAGAAUGUUUGUGAGUUAUUGGUUUGGUGAUUGUACAACUCAUCAUAUUCAGUAUAAUCACAGUAGCUUUAUUUGCCAAAUAAAUAAAUCAUUAAAUUACAAUGGUCAAUUUGGUAGGAAUGGGGUCCCUUAGCAUACUUACAUGUAAGUACCUAUUGUUAAUGGGAGAAUUAGAAUUUUGUGUAGAAUCAAGUAGAUUUGGGAGAGAUCGUCUUCACACUAAGCUUCACAAGGAAACCUGAAGUGGUAACAGAUCUGUUGGAGGGGGGUGAAAUAGAAACAGGGGAUGAUAGCAUCAAGGGGACACGGGGCAGUUUGGAGUAAACAAGCAUGCUAAAAUAGGUGUAGACUCCUCUACAGGGUCUGUCUGACCAGAUGCCCUCUUCCUGGCAGGCCAUAAAAGCUCAUAGAACAUUUCACAAAUGUUGCUCACUGUGCAAAUACACUUAGGGAAAUUUUAUACCCUUCCAUUAUCAGUUGAAAGAUUUUUUUGCUUCCCUGUAACUUUGCAGGGGACAUUAUCAUGGCCCAGUUUCUUGCAGAACUGAUUUUCUGUGUAAACUAACUAGUGAGUGCCUGGGCGGCAUGCCCCACCUUUGCUUUAGCAUAACAUAAUAGUGUGAGGACUUGAAGGGUAGGGAGUCUUGAAUCACCUUUAAAUUGUUGGCUCAAAGAAGGGGCCUCUUUGGUCCAUGUCCAGAGUGUCUUUUCAGAUUUUGUUUUCGUACACUAUUCUGUUGGAUGGUGACUGGCGGUAUGUAAAUCAUAGGUGUAUUCAACAGCUUUUGUGAGAAUGUUCACGGAUUACCAGAAGAAAACAGGUUCAGAAGUCAGAUUCCAAAGGACCACUAAAAUAGGUAUCCAAGAAGAUACUCUUUAGCUUUCUUCUGAGAAUUGAGCCCCAUUUUGGUCUUUUGUUUUAUAGCAUCCCAGUGGAGGGUCCACAUUUGUUUGGAACAUCCCUCAUAUAGAAGUGGGCAGCAUUGGGUGUGAUAGUAUAGUGUGGCCCUUCUGGAACUCUGGCCCUGAGCUGAUUGCAUCUCGCUGAUAGCAGGCAGAACCUGACACUUCACUGCGACAUUAGUAUGGUUUUGCUUGUUUGUCUUAUAAGCAGGAGAUUCCUAAGUGCAUUGAUGUUCACAGUUUCUCUUUUAAAAUCCCCACUUGCCAUUCUUUCUCAACAGAAGUGCCAUAGGACUGCUUAAAGAUAGUUUGUCUUAAGAAGUUUUGAAAUAAUUCUCAUCUGACUUUAAUUGUAAAAUAUAGUCAGAAAAAUAUAUAUAAUGAGAUAAGGAGAGGGAUUAUUUAAGUAGACUAUGGCCAGUAGCUGUAUUUAAAAAUAUUUUAUUUUUUGAAUAGGUAAUACAUAAGGUACAAAGUUCAAAGAGGCAGUACAAUGCAAAGUGCCCUAAUCCUGCCCCCAUCCGCCCUGUCACCCUCCCCACAAGCCAAGCCACUGUUUCUAAAAAUUUACUCCACAGGUAAGAGGUGAAACAACAUGCACAAGAAUAGUCACUACAGCAUUAUUUAUGAUAGCAAAAGGUAGGGAACCAUGGAAAUGUCCAUCAGUAAGGGACUGAUUCAAUAAAUUAGGUCCAUAUAGUGGGAUAGUACGCAGUUAGAAUACAGAAUGAGAAGGCUCUUAAUGUGCAAGUACAAAGUGAAAAAAAGCCAAGUGCAGAACAGUGUAUCUAGUGUGCUGUGUGUAUUUUUAAUACAAGAAUGUGUAAAUGGGGCGUCCCCGGUGGCGCAGCGGGUUGAGCACAGCUCUGUGAAGCUGUCUGCAGCCUCUGUAGUGCGGGUUUGAUUCCCGGACGGCCAGGGAGAUUCCCACAUGGCGCAGCAGACCUCUCCUGUCUCGCCCGCUGCUCCCCUCAGCAGUGUAUUUUAGUCCUUCUGUCUGUUCUGCUCCCUGCUCUGUCUGGUGAAUCCUCUCACCCUCCCGCGCCUCUGGCUUGUACCCCAGUGCUUGUAUAAAUAAAUAAUUCUUAAAAAAAAAAAU